AUGGACCUGUAUGAUUAUAAUCCAGUGACUCACAUAAACGAUAUAUUUGACACUCCAGAAACGUUAAACCACUUACCCCAGGCAUUGUCCCAUAUACACCAGUAUAAACUACAACUAAGUCGUGAAAUUGAAAACUUGAAAUCGGAGUAUGAUUCGAGAACCGAGAUAGAUGAUGAUAUACAUCAAUUGGUGAGUAACAUCAAGGAUAUCAAAAAUAGUGCCCACGCGACUAAAUCAACGAUUGUGUCAAUGACGAGCUCGAUCCAAAAACUAGACGCAUGCAAGAAAAACCUAGUCUUAUCAAUGACGGUGUUUAAGAGAUUACAAAUAUUGGUCAAUGUAAACAAUGGACUAAAGGAAAUUCUUCCGUUACGAAACUACGAAGAGAUUUAUCAGAGGUUGGGGGUGAUGAAAGAGUUGUUACAUUUUUUCCAACCCUACAAGUCAAUUGAUUUAAUCAACGAGAUCAACUUAAUGACAAUAUUCACACAAAACAAGCUUGUUGAUGAUAUCUUUUUAGACUUUGAAGAGUUUUUGAGACGUGAUGGACGUGGUUCUGAGAACGGUUCUCCACAAGAGCUGAAUUUACUUUAUGGAGCCAAAACCUUGGAAAUGAUUGAUACGAAAAACAAGGCCAAAUUAUUAAACUGGUUUCAUAAUAUACAACUAAGAGAUUUGAAGAGUAUAUUUAGUCAAUCGGAUGAAGCUGGAUCGAUUGAAAAUUUGGGCCGAAGGUUCAUAUAUUUCAACAAGAUUUUAGAUCAAGUGAACCAAUAUGCCAUUUUCCCAAAAGAAUGGAACGUGACCACCGGUAUCAUUGUUGAAUUUUGCAAGAUUACGAAACAGGAUUUGUCUACUACUUUGCAAAAUAAAAAGAUUGAUUCCACUACAUUACUCGACAGUUUAACCAAAACUAUUGAAUUUGAAAAGAAAUUGAAUAGUGACUUCCCUUCUGAAGUGGAGUACAAUCUCUCCUCCGUGUUUGAGCCAUACUUGUCUACAUGGGUGCAAGAACAAGACAAGAUGCUAAAUAGCAAAUUCCUUGAAUUUGCUGCCACGUCGCAGUUGCCACCAGAAUUGGCUAAAGAUAUCACGGCAAAUAUCCCCAACAUUGCCAUUACAUCUACCGAGCUAUUCAAACUAUAUCACAAACUCCUAUCACAAAUUCUCAAGUUAACAAAUGGAGACAUUAUUACCAGCUUAGCGAGAUUGUUCAAUAAAUACUUGUUUGAAUAUCUCAAUCGAAUCUUGACACCCAUGCUUCCGCGCAAUGACGAUGAUAUUGCUGGCGAGGAUGCAAUCAAGUAUCUCACCUUGUUACUAAACACCGGUGACUACAUGGUGGGGAAUAUUGAGGAAUUGAAUGAGAAAUUGGAAUUGGUAGUUUCCGAAAAUGUAAAGAGUCGAUUACCGACACUAACCAGUGACUCGUUUUUACAACUUGUAAACAAGAGCAUUUCGGCACUUUUGGUGAAAUUGACCAACGAUUACAAACCAUGUUGGCGCGAGUUCUUCAAUAUCAAUUGGCAGGAAUUAGACUCAGUGAAUGAUGUAUCUUCGUACAUGAUGGAUAUAAAGUCCAUCACCAACAACAAUUUGAAAUUGAUUUUGCCUUUGAUUAUUCGUGAUAGUUAUGUACGCAACUUCAAUGACAAAUUGGUUGAGUUAUUGGUGACGACCCUAGCCAACAAUCUAAAAUUUAUCAAACCACUAACCACAACAGGAUUGGAACAGUUGUUGCUAGAUGUCAUAUCACUAAAGGAUACGUGUCUCAAUUUCCCCCGUUUGGCACAAAAGGAAACGACAAAAUCGUACACCAAAUUCGUCAUUAAUCAUUUCCAUGAGCUAGAAUCAAUUUUGAAAAUCUUGAUGGUUCCUCAGACGACGCCCAUUGAAAAUUUCAUUGAAUCUUAUUUCGAAUUGAUUGGCGGUAGAUCUAUUGCUAACUUCACCAAGAUUUUGAAUUUGGCCCAAAUUGACAAAUCUAGACAAUACACAUAUAUCGAGAAUUACAAAUUACAGUUGUCAAUCGAUAAUGAAGAUGACGAUGCAACAGCAACUAGGGAUUCUGCACACCAAAAGAAUAACCAAUUGUUGACGAAUUUAGAGGAUGAGUUGGAUAAUCUAUCAGCACUGUCGACUCCCGUGAGUGCUACUAUUCCGCAAGGUCCAUUUUCAACAAGCCGUGGCUCUAAUAAUGCAAGUUCUGCUAAGUUGUCAUCGCCGGAUCUCAAAUCACCCAAGUUGCUUCCUCGAAUGAAUCAGUUUGAAAAGAAUAUUAGAGAUUUGGCAUUGACGGGUGAGACACACGUGAGUAAAUUUAAUGAAAAUUUCAGAAGUAACUUUGGCAAGUUUUUCAGAAAAGAAGACAGGUAA